UUUAAUAUUAUUCCUACCAAGUCAGCGGCAGCGUAACUCUUGUAUUCGUAUAAAAAUAAUAAUAAUAAUCAUCAACAUAAAAAUGUUUAAAAUUAUUUGUGUUACCAUUUUGGCUUUAAUGUUUGUUGGAUACACCCAGCAAUCUCCGCUCCCACAAGGUGGUGGCGCUGACGGCAAUGCUGGAGCGGAUUUCCAAAUGGGCGGAGGCGGCGGUGCCGGAGCAGGUGGUGCUGGACAAGGCGGUGCUGGUGCAAAUGGUGGUGCUGGAUUCAGCAUGGGUGCAGGAGCUCAGGGAGGAGCAGGCGCAGGGCGAAAGAAGUAACUCUAUACUAAAGAGAUGUUAUAGACAUCCAUCAAUGAUUAUAUCAUAUGGUCAUCAUAAAUAUAAAUAAUUACAAAACAUA